UGUUCCUGUGCCUCAAUGGGAUGUUCUUCUGUUAUCCCAGAUAGAGCCAGAGAAUCAGUGCAGCAUAUGUGUGUAAUUACAUAUCAUGCAUUUAACUGGGAUUUGGAUAUCUUAUGGAUAAUGAGAGCAACAUCUUUUCAGAACCAAGGACAGCUCUCAACAGCCAAUAUGAUCUCCACACUGACGAAGGAUCGUGUGCAGGCACUCAUGACUAGUUUAACAUCUGAAGUGAUGGACGUGCGCUUUCUUAACAAGAUGCACGACACUACUACAACUUUCCCGACGCCAAGUUUUAUGGAUAACGAGACCAGAUGCGGAGAGACGAUUUUAAGUUACGGACAUGUUGAGAAAGUGCUCAUCGGAGGGGUUCUGACCUUGCUUACUUUUUUAACAGUUUGCGGGAAUUUGCUGGUGGUAAUAUCAGUGUGUUUUGUGAAGAAACUGAAGCAACCUUCUAAUUACUUAAUCGUUUCUCUGGCCGUUGCAGACCUGUCGGUUGCGGUGGUCGUAAUGCCGUUUGUCAGCAUCACUGAUCUCAUAGGAGGACAGUGGAUCUUCGGUCGUGUUUUUUGUAAUGUUUUUAUCGCCAUGGACGUGAUGUGCUGCACCGCUUCAAUAAUGACAUUAUGUGUCAUAAGCAUAGACAGGUACCUGGGCAUCACUAAGCCAUUGACGUAUCCCGUGAGACAGAGUGGAAAGUGCAUGGCCAAAAUAGUGCUGUCUGUAUGGCUUCUCUCUGCCUCCAUCACCCUGCCCCCACUGUUUGGAUGGGCUCAGAAUGUCAACGAUGACAACGUGUGUCUGAUCAGCCAGGACCUGGGCUACACUAUAUACUCCACCGCCGUGGCGUUCUACAUCCCCAUGUCCGUGAUGCUCAUUAUGUACUACCGGAUAUACAGAGUGGCAAAGGUGAGUGCUGCCAAACACACAAUCGCUGGCUUUCCCAAAGCUGAAGAUGAGGAAAGUGUGAACUGCGUGACUGCGGCCCUAAAGCUGCAGAGGGAGGUGGAGGAAUGUGUGAGCUUUUCUCGCUUUCUCAAAAAUGACCGUAAAAACAUCUCUAUAUUCAAAAGAGAGCAGAAGGCAGCAGCCACCCUCGGGAUUGUUGUGGGGGCUUUCGCCGUAUGCUGGCUGCCCUUCUUCCUGCUUUCUACAGCACGGCCGUUCAUCUGCGGAGUGCAGUGUAGCUGCGUGCCUUUGUGGGUGGAGAGGACGCUGCUUUGGCUGGGCUAUGCCAACUCACUCAUAAACCCUUUCAUUUACGCAUUCUUCAACAGAGACCUCAGGACCACCUACCACAACCUCAUCCGCUGCCGCUAUCGGAACAUCAACCGCAAGCUAUCGGCAGCCAGCAUGCACGAGGCUUUGAAACUAGCUGAGAGACCUGACCUGGUGCUGUAGGCUGUCCAUACCCUUCAUGUCUCUCUGGGGACUGAUGCAGUCACACGGAGGCUGAGAGACCUUUUUGAUGAAUUCUUUAUUGCUCUCGCAGAGGAGCUUUUUAGUCACUUCAAUUAAGUCAAAUUGCAAUGACUUCAAUUAAGUGAAAUUGGAAUGGUUGUAAAGCUUCAUGAAAUGUUUUAUAAAAUGCUUUAUAAAUUAGACCUUAUUGCUGUAAAAUGUGCUUGAUGAAGGAGAAAAAUAGUAAUCAAAAUCAAAGAGCAAUGAAUACACUAGUAUCAUGUUCGUAUUUCAUAGAGUAUUCCUUGUUAAUUUCUGUGCUUAUAUUAUAAAUGUAAGACUUCUUAAUAACAACAAAGCCAUGGUAGCAUGGAAGUAACAUUAAAAAGAAUAGUUUACCAAUAAACUCAAACUCUGUCACCAUUUACUUACACUCAUGUCAUACCAAACCUGUAUGACUUUCCUCAGUAAGUCGCAAAAGUUACAUUGGCUUACUUUAUAAUGACAUAAAAAUAAAAAAUAAACAAAAAUGUCUAAAGUUGAUAGAUUUUGAACAAUAAGAGUGUGAGUAAAUAAUGACAGAAUCUUCAUUUUGGGAUGAGCAAUUUCUUACUUGAGGACACAUUUAAAGCAUAAUACAACAUUAGAAUAAAAUAUCCAGUGUAUAGUAAUCAAAAAGAUGUUUUGAACAUUCCACUUCGUUGCAGUCUUGUCCCUUCUGCCCUUCAAAUCACCAUCAGCGAUUGCCACUAAUAAUGUGACAGCAAGUUGAGCGUGUCACACCAAUAGUCGUAUUAUUAGAAGCAAGGUAUUUAUUGUCUUCUAGCUGUGAGAAAGACAGGGGUGGGCAGGUGCCUUUAAUUUGUCAGCAUGCUUGGCCAACAGAUGGUAAACAAUACAUCAACAUGCACUGUGACCCUGCGGAUUUGACAGACAAUUUAGUGACCAUGUUCUAGGAUAUGAAAUGUCUAUCAUACAAAGUUACAAUUAAUAUUGUAAGAAAAAGUACUAAACAUGAAUAAUGAGUUGAGAUUAAAAUAGGUUUUUAAAAGUUAUGUGGAAACAAAAAUAUUAGAUUUGGUCAAUUUAGAGAAAACAUAGUAGACUGCUCUAAUUGUAAGUCAGUCAGACAGUAUACUAACAAUAAUAAUAAGAAGAACUAUUAUAAAUAUAAAUAUAUAUAUAUUAUAAAAUUAAAUAUAAUAUUAAAAUUAAAUGUAAAAUUUUCUUGCAAAAUCAUUGUAAAGAAACUAUUACAAAAUAUAAACAAAUAUAAAAAACACAAACAAAAAUAUACAAAGGUAAAUGGAUAGUAUAAAACCAAAGAAGCACCAAUGUUAAAAUUGUAAUUCAUGGAUAUACAAAUAUUCAAUAUUGUCCCUAUGCAUUCCUGCCUGAAAAGAGAAAAGAUAGAAGUGUAUCAUUAACACUGGAAAAAAAAUAAUUAAAUCAAGAAGGACUUUCUAGACAAGUAAAAUUGUUGUUAUUUGUUAUUGUCUUGUUUUCAGAAAAAAAGUCAAAAUUAAGUGAGUUUUUGCUUAGAACAAGCAAAAUAAUCUUAUUUCAAACAGAAAACAAGAUUAUUUUGCUUGUUUCAAGCAAAAACUCACUUAAUUUUUACUUGUCUAGAAAAUCCUUCUUGAUUUAAUUUUUUAUAGAUAUUUUGGCUGCAAACAAGACAUAAAUCCAAGUAAGAAAAGCUUUUCUGAGGGCACCAAACAAACUGCUAUGGUCAAAAUAAUCUUAUUUCAAACAGAAAACAAGAUUAUUUUGCUUGUUUCAAGCAAAAACUCACUUAAUUUUUACUUGUCUAGAAAAUCCUUCUUGAUUUAAUUUUUUAUAGAUAUUUUGGCUACAAACAAGACGCAUAAAUCCAAGUAAGAAAAGCUUUUUUGAGGGCACCAAACAAACUGCUGGUCAUUGAAUUAAAUAGGAUUAAUUAUAAAAAUGCUUAGACUUUUAUGAUUUGCCUGAUAUACUGAAUCCCCGGUGAGGUCAUAUAUUGUCCUUUGUUCUAUAAACAGAAGGGGAAAUGAAUGGGAGUGUCAUCAGCGGAACGUGUCAAGCAUCUAAGGCUAAAAAGCAAAGGAUAUUAGUUAGGAGUUACUCGUUGGACCACAUUACAAAAUCAAAAGUGUUUCAGAGGUUUUAUCAAGAUGUUUUGUUCUCAUGUCAUACCUGAACUGAACAUGAACGACUGUUCUGUUAAUUGUACCUCUUUCUGAAUGCUGUGACACGCUGCCCUGCUGAGUCUUUCAGUCUUGUUUUUCCAUCUACAGCGGCACAGCAUGAGGGCUGGUUCUUGUCCAUUUCCCUGGGGGCUAUUUGGAAUCAAUAUACCUGCAAAUAUAUUCAGAUUUAAGGCUUCGAUGGGAUACGCAAUAGCGGUGUACUUUAUUCACAGAGGACAUCUGUCAGUUUAAUAUUGUCAGUUACAAGUGUAAAGAUUGUAGUCCUGUAGUUUAAUUCUAGACAUGUAUAGCAUUUUAAAAUGGUAAUGUUUAACACUACCAGUGAUAACUAUUGAAUCAGCUUUGAUAUAGUUUAUUGCUACUGAUGCCAUUGUUUUUCAUGUUCGCCAUGCAGUCUAGCAAAAAUAAUCUGAAUAUCUAAACAAUAACAGUGUUUGCAAGGCAGCACUGUCUUGAUAUUCCUCUUACAUUUAGGUUAGGGGCUUUUUUUGUAAUGUAAGAUGUUUAAAUAAAGAAUGUAAAUAUGUAAGAAAAUUUCGCAUUGAUGUUGAUUGAUUCAGUUAAUUCAAAUUGUAACUGACAGUGUUGGCACUUUUGUAGAAUUUACAUUUUGAAUUAUAACUGGUCUUCUUUCAACUAUUUUCAUACUCAGUUGUGAUCACUCUUGUUCUUGCAUACAUUUAGCCCUGUUGAGUGUCAGCAGCCAUUAAAAACUAAGCCUAAAAACUUUUUUAAACACUUAACACAUUUGCUGCCUUGCAAGCACUAGUAUUUGCUUUAGGGAAUGCAAAUCUAUUUUCAAUAUCAAGUUAAAUUAAAAGGAAAUGUAUGUCUUUUUGUACAGUAAAGAUGAUGCAUUAAACAUUAUU